AACCUGGUCACACAUUCGAAUGUCAUGUUUUUUUUCUGUCAAAAAGUUGUGUUGAUCGGACGAAAACAUUGCACUAUAUUAAGGACAAAAAGAAACUGGAUGUGAUAAUAAUAAAGAAAGAAAAUGUCGUCAUCAAAACAUAAAAACACAGCGAAUCCCGAAGCGUCAUCAUCCAAUGGUCAUGGAUGGUCUCCUCAACAAGCAGCUUUAAUACAUGAAGUGAAAAAAUAUUAUCCCCAUGUUGUUUCUGAAGACCUAAAUAAAGCAGCUAAAAAGCCUUUCUGUAACUGGAGGGCAAUUUCUGAAAAAAUGUGUUUAUCAAGAUCCAUGUGUAGUACUGACUGGUCUCGGAUAAGGAAUAAGUAUACAAAGUUACUAAUCUUACUACAAUCUGGUAAAAUAACACAAGAAGAUAUUUUAAACAACCCAAGUGUACAAAAAUAUUUUGAUGGAUCUCUUAAAUUUUUAAACAACUAUUGUUUGUCAGUCACUGAUGCUGAUCUGCCUGGAUCUAUAAAUAAGUGGGGUAACAACUUAGUUCACAAAAUAGAACAUGGCAAGGUAUUGCAUUCACAAAAAAAUCGGUCAAAAUGUAAAAUAAUUACACAUGAUCAAGUUAAAGAGAUGUUAUCAAAACGAGAAACAGAGAAAAAGGAUGUCAUAAAUAAUGAAGAUGAAGAUAUUUAUUACUUACAAAGAACAAUCCAAAAUAUGAUAAACUACAAAUUAAAUGAAUUUAUCAAUGGUAAUACUAAUACAUUUAAUAAAAAUAACAAGAACACUAAUACUGUUAUAACAAUAGAUUCAGAUUCAGAAGAAAACAUUGAAGGUACUGCAGUAAACUCAGACAGUAAAGUAACAAAUGAUGAUGCUACAGAACAAAAUGACGAAGAUGCCAUUACAAAUGAAACUAUGGCAGUUGGAAGCACAAUAAAUAAAGAUUAUGUAUGGGAAGGAACAAUCCAAAACCUGAUAAACUACAAAUUAGGUGAAGUUAUCAAUGACAAUUCUAAUACACUUAAUAAUAAACUAGGUAAAAAUAAUAAUUCAGAAGAAAACAUUGAAUAUUUGACAGUAUUUAAAAGGACAAUAGACAAAUAUGGUGCUAGGAAAAAAAACUGCAUUUUAGAAAAUAAAAAGAAGGCCAUACCAUUAUUACAUAGAGAAGUGAUGCUGAAAGAUGAUAUUAUUAUAGAAGAAAAUAUCAUGGAUACUAAUACAAAUGAAAGUAUGGGACUUGAAAGCACAAUAAAUACAGAUGAGGAUUAUGAAGACAAUAUACCAUUACAUAAUUUAAAGAGACUUUUAAAUAAACAUAGUGAAGUUAUUAUAUUGGAAGAUGAUAAUAAUGAAGAACAAAUCGAAGAUGCCACUACAAACGAAGCUAUGGAAGUUGAAAGCAGGAAAAACAAAGAUGAUGUAUGGGUAGGUAAAAUUAUAAAUGAAAGAACAAUAAAUGAAUAUGAUGCAUGGAAAGAAAAGAAACCACUAGAAAGUAUAAACUUACAUAGUGAAGUUAUACUAACACAUGACAUUAAGAAAGAGAAUAUUGAAACUAACACUCUAGAUGAAAACGAAAUAAAUAGAGACGAUGUAUGCGAACAAUGGAAAAGGAUGUCUAUGAACUUACAUAGUGAAGUUAUACUGAAAGAUGACAUUAAGGAAGAAAUUGAAGAAGCCACUGCAAAUGAAACUAAGGAAGUUGAAAACACAAUAAAUAAAGAUAAUGCAUGGGAAGGUAACUCUGUAAAAGAAGAUGAUGCAUGCGAAAAAAGUAAAGGGAAUCCUAUAGAUUUACACAGUGAAAUUAUACUGCCAGACGAUAUUAAGGAAGAAAAUACUGAAGAAGAAGCCUCUAUAAAUGUAUCUAUGGAAGUUCAAAGUCCAGUAAACAAAGACGGUGUAUUAGAAGAAAAUAAGAAGAAGGCCAUAAAAUUCUUACAUAGCGAAAUUAUGCUGGAUGAUGAUGUUAAGGAAGAAAAUAUUAUAGUUAACAGUAUAGAUGAAAGAAUGGAGAUUGAAAGUACAAUAAAUGAAGAUGAUCCUUGCGAAAAAAGGAAAUGGAAUCCUAUAGAUUUACACAGUGAAAUUAUACUGCCAGGCGAUAUUAAGGAAGAAAAUAUUGAAGAAGAAGCCUCUAUAAAUGUGUCUAUGGACAUUCAAAGUCCAGUAAACAAAGAUAGUGUAUUAGAAGAAAAUAAGAAGAAGGCCAUGAAAUUCUUACAUAGCGAAAUUAUGCUGGAUGAUGAUGUUAAGGAAGAAAAUAUUAUAGUUAACAGUAUAGAUGAAAGAAUGGAGGUUGAAAGUACAAUAAAUGAAGAUGAUGCUUGCGAAAAAGAUACACCGCCAGAAAGUUCAAAUCUGAUAAAUAAUGUAGAGCAAAAAAUUAAACAGACUUCAAGUACAAGUAAUGACUUGGAAAAUAAUGAAGAAUUUAGUGAUAAAAAGGUUAGAAAGUUCUUCAAAGAACUUUAUUACAUUGUAAGUGUAGAACUGUCUUUAGAAAAACAAGAAGAGUUAAAAUCAAGGAUAAAUGAAGUAAUCAAAAAGGAAGAAUUUAUUAUGACUCCAUAUCAAAAUGAAAGAUUUCUCCUUACUCACUCACUCCUAAGUCAACUAAAUAAAGUAAUGAAUGUUGUUGGCCAAAAUGCUGCAAAGAAACUGCCAAAGCUCAUUGGGAUUUUGAAAACUGUUAAUUUUGUUUGUUGAUUUAACUCAUGGAAAAGAAAAUGUAUGUUCUCUUCUGUGUAAUGUUAUUUUUAAUAUUAAUUAUUAUUAAAAACAAAAUAUUACUUGCAUUUAUAGUAUUUUAUUUUUACCUUUGUCUAUGUCAUAUGAAUAUUUAAUCCUGACAUCAAAAGUCGACUCGAAAAUAAAAAAGAAAAUGUAAUUGAAUGAAAAGGGCACGGACAAAAGUCCGUGGAGAAUAACAAAACUAUAAAGAAAACUCCUGUAGGAUACAUAACAUAACAUCACGCCUUUUAUCCCCGAAGGGGUAGGCAGAGGUGCACAUUAUGCCACUGUACAAUGUUACACCCACUUUUCACUAUUUAUGUUAUGAGUCCCAUAUAAUAGAGGGUGAGCCUAUUGUCAUAUACCGGGCACAAUUCCAGACUUUGCUACUACUGAGAUUUUUUUAAAACCGAGUAAUACUUUGCCCGACCCGGGAAUCGAACCCGAGACCCCUGUCGCACUUGCGACCACUCGGCCAACGAGGCAGGCAGGAUUUAAGUAGGUAUAAUAACUAUCGUGAGACAUACUAAAUUAACUAAAAUCGCGGGUUACUCACGUGAAUAUACUGAGAAAAGGUCUACUAGUUUCGAACCACAGAGGGGUUCUUCCUCAUGAGCAGCGUGCGCGGUCGCGGCGACGUCGCGCAGCUCACG